GUUGCGUGUUUGACAGCUGAGACAGAACAUAGAUCACGGGGACCGCUCUCAAAGAAACGAAUAAAGAAAGGAUAACUACCCAAUCAUCUGUACAAGCCUGUAACCCAAUACACUAUGUCAAGGCAAUCCAACCGAACCACAGACAGCAAGAAGAUGAACUCGGAGCUGUUCACUCUGACAUACGGAGCCCUGGUAACCCAGCUAUGUAAGGACUAUGAGAACGACGAGGAGGUCAACAAACAGCUGGAUAAGAUGGGAUAUAAUAUCGGAGUGCGUCUCAUCGAAGACUUCUUGGCGCGCUCCAGCGUUGGGAGGUGUCAGGAUUUCAGAGAAACGGCCGACGUCAUCGCUAAGGUGGCGUUUAAGAUGUACCUGGGCAUCACCCCCAGUGUGACCAACUGGAGCCCGGCGGGGGAUGAGUUCUCCCUCAUCCUGGAGAGUAACCCCCUGGUGGACUUUGUUGAGCUGCCUGACAACCACAGCUCCCUGGUCUACUCCAACCUGCUGUGUGGGGUACUCCGAGGAGCUCUGGAGAUGGUGCAGAUGGCAGUGGAUGUGAAGUUUGCUCAGGACACCCUGAGAGGAGACAAUGUCACAGAGAUCCGCAUGAAGUUCAUCAAGAGGAUCGAAGAGAAUCUACCGGCCGGGGAUGAGUGAGCGAGAGAGUGAGAGUGAGAGAAAAACCACCUCCCUCCACUUCUCUUCUCUUCCCACUCUGAGAGCGAGAGAAUCAAGUCCUUGGGUGUGUCUGAAAUAUAUUAUAUCUUCCUCUCCUUUCCUCCAUCUGCACUGGUCUAAAUACAAAGGACAGAGAUAGAUGGAAGUUAUGAUGCAUUUUACAUCAUCAUGAUGAUGUGGCCGGUGACACUUUGCUUCUUGAAAGUCCAAUAUCUUAAAAAAUUGACUGCUGACCUGUACAACAUUGUGGGACUGUAUCAACAGUGGACUAAUGAAAAAUAAUACCAAAAUAUAGUUUUGGAGUGGAAUUAACCUUUAAAUGCUUGAUGACUACCAGCAAUAUUUACUGUCCCCUGUCUAGUUCUUUCACAGUCGUGCAGAUGAAGGAAAGGAGACAGGGAGAGGUGGUUUUUGAGAUGCACCCAUAGAGAUAGGUAGAGAACUAUAUCUGUGCCAUUAUAGUGUCUGUGACAGCAUGGACAGCGCCAUUGAGGCUACAACCCAUAGGAAUCCCCACCGAGUUGACUACUUUGACUACUUUAAAAUGGCGGAAGCAUGGUGGAAGCCCUCAAUGGCGCUCCCCAUGCUACAAUUGGCCUUUUGGCCACUAAAGGGCUCUAUCAUUCUCUAUGGAUGCACCCUAUGCUUUAUGGAAGGACUUCUGCUGAACUAUGACCCCUGGCCUUUAACCUUUGCUCAUCUGACCCCCCCUGACCGUUCAGCUUUAAUCUCUGCUCCUGUGAUGAGGAACUCCUUGGACACAUCAUCAUCUCAUAUGUUAAUUUCUAGGGCAAGGAUCUUUUCAGAUAAAUACUUUGGCCCUUAGAUAUAGUCUAGGCCACUCAAACUCAACUAUGGACCUUUUUUUCAUUGUUCCCCUCUAAUCAGGUGUGUGUAAUUAAUUAUCAGGUAGAACAGAAAACCAGCAGGCUCCCGACCUCGUAGGGUCAGAGGUGAAUCCCCCUGAUCUAGUCAAUACCCCUGAUCUAGUCAAUUGUCUAAUGAAAGCUCCUGGCCCAUUACAAAUGGAACGUUUUUUGAUUGACUUGCGAUUCUGUUCAUUUCACAAAUGUGUAUCACUGAAUGGAAUAUGAUGGUUCACUACCAAGUAAAAGUUGACUGUCUCAAUUGUGUUGGUGGACAAGAUUCGUUUUUACUUUCAUCUGUCUUCAAGAUUCUAUUAAUAUCUAUGUGUAUAAGAUAUUUAUUUGUUGUCAUGUAAGAUACUGCCACAUGUAUGGCAAUGGUCAUUUAAGUAGGCUGAUGUCAUUAUUAAUAAACUCAUCGUGACAUAUCCAA